AUGUUAUGGAAACGACUUGCACCACCUUUAUCAUCAUUCGCUCGACAGGGUCUAGUGAGACCAGCCAGAGCUCAGGGACGCAUCGUACAAUACGCAUGCAAGAGGUUCAACUCAAACCCUCAAAGCACUGGCCAAUAUGCUCCUGAUCCCACCGACCAGAAUGAUGGGGGAGAAGACCGGGGCCGGGGCAGCAGAAAUGAUGACCCAACCCUGAAAUCCACCAUCUUGAAAAUGCUUGAGACUGCUGCAACUACUGCGGCAUCUAUUUUCAUCCUAGGUGUCGCGGGUUACUCAUACCAUAGGUACUACAAGUACCUCAUCCUGGACAAAAUGGACAAUGCGUUCAACCCAGGUGAUCCAGCUCUCGAGGUAGCCGGUGUUGUUUCUGGUAAGCACCAGUAUAACCACGAGGAGCAUUGGGUCACUCGAGACGAGCAACCCCGGAUCGAUGAUAUCGUGGCUGGCCGGAAUGGGGGCCACUAUUAUCUAAUGGUUGGUGAGAAGGGUACUGGAAAGACCUCGAUGCUUCUCGAGGCCAUGCGCAAGAUUAAUGGUACUGGUGUUGCUAUGUUCGAGGCGCAUGCCGAUCUAGAAAUCUUCCGCAUUCGCCUGGGAAAGGCACUGGAUUACGAAUUCCAUGAGGAUUACAUUGGCAGUCUGUUCAGCAUUCGGGGUCCACGAGAUACCACAGCUUUAUUGGAUAUCGAGCGGGCUUUCAACAAGUUGGAAAAGGUUGCGCUCAACAGAAGACGCGACCAUGGACGACCUCUGAUUCUCAUUAUCAAUAGCACUCACUUGGUUCGUGAUGAUCACGAUGGACAGGAUUUACUUGAGAUGAUCCAGCAACGUGCGGAACAAUGGGCUGCCAGUGGUCUCGUGACAACCAUCCUGAACAGCGACGACUACUGGGUUUACGAGCGCCUAAAGCGAUAUGCAACUCGCAUGGAGGUCAUUCCCGUCAAGGAUUUACCCAAGGAUAAGGCUAUGUCUGCGCUGAAGAAAUACCGACACCAAUUCCACCAGCAAGAAUUGCCAUCUGAAGUCCUCGAAGAGGUCUACAAACAGGUGGGAGGCCGACUAUCGUUCUUGAACCGGGUGGCCAAGUCCCGGGACAUCAUGCAGACUUGCGCGGAAAUUUGUCGUGCCGAGAAAACAUGGUUCCUUAACAAAUGCUGGAUCUUGGGUAUGGAGAUGGAUGACGAUGUCAUGGACGAGCAGAAGUAUUCUUCCGCUGCAAUGGUCCUGGCCAAGGCCUUGGUUGAUGCUGAAGAAGAGAUGGAUAUCUAUCACCCCGAACUAGGACAUGUGCUUCCCGAGAUUCCGCUUCACAAGGCACGCGAGAUCAUGACCCGCGCAGAUUUUGUCCAGUCCUACGAUCAUGAUAAUAUCUUCACCAUCGACUCCCGAGCCAUGGUGCGCGCUGACUCCGUGCCAAUGCAACGUGCAUUCCGCGAGAUUUGUGCCAUUGAAGGAUUCGAUAGUCAUCUUGAAGGAACUCUACAGCGCAUUGGUGAUAUCGAGUCUCUUGGCCGUACACGUGAGCUGACCAUCAAGGACCUCUGGAACCAAGGUAAAUACCAAAUGGUCAUGAAGGAUACAACAGGUAUGGAAAAGGGGUCUAUUGAAUUCUCCGUUGCGGAAAAAGAAGAAUAG